GCGCUUUACCUUCAGAACUUAGUAAUAAAAAUGCAGCUCCUGGCGCUGGUGAGCUGUUUGGUCCUUGGGACACUGCAUUCUGAGGGCUCUAGAAGGAGGCUCACUUCUGUGGAUCCUGAAGUAUACAUGAAUGUGAGUGAAAUUAUCAGUUACCGGGGGUAUCCUGCUGAGGAAUACCCGGUGGAGACCCAAGACGGAUACAUUCUGAGCCUUCACCGGAUCCCUCAUGGGAGGAAGAACCAUACUGACAAAGGUCCACGAACAGUUGUCUUCCUGCAACAUGGCUUGCUGGCAGAUUCCAGUAACUGGGUCACGAACCUUGCCAACAGCAGCCUGGGCUUCAUUCUGGCUGAUGCUGGCUUUGACGUGUGGAUGGGGAACAGCCGGGGAAACACCUGGUCUCGGAAACACAAGACUCUUCCAGUGACAGAGGAUGAGUUCUGGGCUUUCAGUUUUGAUGAGAUGGCCAAAUAUGACCUACCAGCUUCUUUUAACUUCAUAAUGAAUAAAACUGGCCAAGAACAGCUAUAUUAUGUGGGUCAUUCUCAAGGCACCACAAUAGGAUUUAUAGCAUUUUCACAGCUCCCUGAGGUGGCCAAAAGGAUUAAAAUGUUUUUUGCCUUGGCACCUGUGGUUUCACUUGAUUUCUGUACCAGCCCUCUAGCCAAAAUCGGAGAAUUGCCAGAGCCGCUCAUUAAGGACAUGUUUGGGAGCAAGGAAUUCCUACCCCAGAAUGACGUUUUGAAGUGGCUGAGCACUCACGUUUGCACCCAUGUCAUUCUGAAGGAGCUUUGUGCAAAUAUCUUUUUUCUUCUGUGUGGAUUUAAUGAGAGGAAUUUAAAUAUGUCCAGGGUGGACGUCUAUGCAGCGCACUGUCCUGCCGGAACCUCUGUGCAGAAUGUGCUGCACUGGAGCCAGAUUGUUAAAUUGCAGAAGUUUCAGGCCUUUGACUGGGGAAGCAGCGACAAGAAUUAUCUUCACUAUAACCAGAGCGAGCCUCCCAUGUACCGUGUGAAAGACAUGCCCGUGCCCACUGCAGUCUGGAGUGGGGAUCGGGACUGGCUUGCCGACGUCAAGGACAUCAGUAUGCUGCUGACUCAGAUCCCCAAUCUGGUGUACAGCAAACACUUGCCUGAAUGGGAACAUCUUGACUUUCUCUGGGGCUUGGAUGCCCCUUGGCGGGUGUACAAUGAAAUUGUCAGUCUCAUGAGGAAAUACCAGUGAAAGCCAAAUUAAAAAUAACACCAUCCAGUAGGUGAUUAAGGCGUGUGAAAAUCUGCUUGAUGUGUGCACAAAUGCUGGUUUUGCUUUCUCAGGGUGAUCAUGAAUACAGACUUUGUAUUUUUAUAUACAGAAAGCUUGAUAAUGAGGAUUCCUAAUUUUUCUCAUUAGAAAUAGAAGACCCUUAGCCAUUAUUUGUUUAGCCAUGACUGAACAUGAAAUGAGUGCCUCAACUAUUGUGUUGUUCCUCUUAAAUCUUUUCUACAAUACUACUAACUUGUGUAAAGUUCCUUGUAACCAUUUGAUUGUCCUUAUAAUCUAAAGCCUGUGAUGUUGCCUUUUGACCUCCAUACAGAAAGAAAAAAAAAACAUUGGUUGGAAUUACUGAGCUGUGAUGUUUAUAGGCAAAAAUCAUCUGUCAUUGGUUUUAGCUCAGUGUGGAAAAUAUUCAGUUCUCAUCUCCUGCCCUUCACAAACUCGCCAGUAUAAUGGUCUUCUAUGAGGGAUCCAAGUGGCACUUCAUGUGUUUUUGAUCAAACCAGUAAUAUCCCAGCUGUAUUAAUAAUAAAGACCUCAUCAUGAAUUUUAUCAACCCUACAUUUUAGAAAAUGUUUAACUUGCUCAAGGGAAAAUAACUUGCAGGUGUUUUCAAAAA